ACAUAGCUCUAUGGUAGUCUUAGUCUUAGUCUAAGACUAAGCUUAAGACUUUUCUUUUUACAAAGGCAUUCGUAUAAGGUUUUACUAUUAUCUAUUUUAAAUGUAGGUCUUGUUUUUGUAAUUUUAAGUUUCAUUGCUUUGACAGUGUUUUCUAAAAUAUCUAGUGGUUUUUUUACAUUUAAGAUUAAUGUUUAAUUCGAAUUCGUAUUUUUAAUAUUUUAGAUACUGUUCAAAUUUUGUAAUGCGCAUUUGAACAUGUAUUUUAUGGUAUAUGCGCAUAAUAAAUGCAAUUUUUAUUAUUAUUAUUUAUUAUGGUACCGGUACUUUAAUUAACCCUAACCGCCCCUGGUAAAGCUAACUGUGUUUUUUGGUAUUUGACCCUCAAAGAGUCCUUUGUUAGGGUUAAGCAGUGAAGCAUAACACUGUAUGCCCUAACCAUGACCACAAACACUGACCUGCCUGGUUGUCCAAAUGCUGCCAACCUGUUGACCACAUAUUAUUACAUGUACAGGAUAGCCAGUUUGUUUCAGUAUCAUGGCCAGUAUUCAUGAGCAGCCCCGUGUUAUACUGUGGUCAGUCCCUCGUUCCUGCACCACGGCAGUCCUGCGCUCCAUCAGCAAUCUAGUAGAACGUGGCGAGAUUUACUAUGAGCCCUAUUACAAGGCCCUCGUUGGGGGACCAGAGAGUGAAUCUGCGUCCACCCCAGCCCCAAGAGCCACGGCCAUUCUGCCUAGUGCAGGCUCUGCAUACGACUCCUCUAUCUUCACAUACGCCUGGGUGAAGAAGACACUGGAGGCAGAACACAAGGAUGCCAGCUUGGUAUUCGUCAAAGACUUUGCCAUGAGCCUUGCAGGGAAGGUGUAUAUGGAUCACCUGCCUCAUGGGUACCGCCACACUUUCCUAAUCAGGAAUCCAAACAAGGUCAUACCCUCCUGGAGAAAAUGCCAUGAUGAGUGGAGACCAAGCAAACCACUUCUUGAUGAGGAGGCAAAGGAGGAGUGGCACAAAGCCGACAUGGGGGAGCACGCGGGUUUCAAGGACCUCCUGGAACUCUACCAGUACGUCAGAGAAAACCUGGAUCCGGCGCCGUUUGUCAUGGAUGCCGACGAUUUAGUCUCCCAGCCCGAGACUGUGAUGGCUGCCUACUGCAAGGCCACUGGAAUUCCCUUCAGCAGGAAGCUGAUCGAAUGGGAGAAUGACGGCUCACCGAUGUACGCCAAAUGGAUCACUUGUCGGGACCACUUAGGGUACUUGAACUGUAAUUACCACACCAACGCCAGGAGCAGUAGCGGCUUCAGGAAGAACGAAGACCUGCCCAAACCAGCUUCGACAUCCGUGACCAAUCCUAAGGCCAUUGAACAAAUCGCUAAGUGUGUGCCUUACUACGAAAAACUCUAUCGUGAACGCUUUGUCCCGUAAAUGUGGCAGGGCCAAGAUUUAGUUGUGAAGUUUUGUCUGAUAACGAUGUAGUUAAUGUCCAAUAAGGGGUUUUUUUUUAGGAUAAGACAAAUGGAUAAAUUCACUCUGUGUUCAGGAAAAUUUGAGUUCACCGUUCAGGUCAGGUCAGGACAAGGUUAAGAAUUAAGCUUUACUGCUCUGCGGCAACUUAACUCCGAAGGUUACAAAUUUAAGAUUUAUAGCUUGAACUCAGAGGGUAUAAGGACAAUUAAUAUUUACUGUUCUACAAAUGGAUGUCAACCUUGAACUCAUGACCUUCCUACUGGUCACGUUCAGGGUGCAGAGUAUUGUAUUAUUGUAUACUGCAUUGGUGUAUUUAGUAGCUCCCCUCGGGAAAAAGAAAUCAUUUUAAGUGUCAGUUUAGAACCCCCCCCCCUUUCCCCUAUAUAAUCUGCCACAUAGUUAAGCUUUAUUUAGUACAGCCAGCAGACCAGCAGAGACAAGUUCACAUUUAUAUGUUCCUCCUACCUGGAGAGUGUUUUCCUGCUUGGGAUUGUCUGCUUGUCAAGUCAUUGGUGAGUUUUGACAUGAAAUUGUUUUAUUUAUGUUAUGUACUCAGUUCAGUUUUGUGUAUAAGUUUUGAGAAGUUUGUUUUGUUUUAAUAAUGUUCAGGGUUAUGACAUGUUUUUAGUAAGUUCAUGAGCAGUCUUGCUAUGAUUUGAUUUUUGAUUGAAUUUGUGAUGGAUCAUGAUCAUUGCAGUUUUGGUAUCUUUGAGGAAAAGUGUGUUGUUACAAGGUUGAAUUAUUGAUUUGUUUUCUUGGUAAUCAGAAUGACUGAGUUUUCUUGCCUAAUGAGUUUGUUCAAGUGGUUGAUGAAUGUCUUAUUGCCUUUUUAAUUAUAACGUUUGAUUAUUUUUGUUUAUAGUUCUGUGGUUGUAUUUCGAAAUCUGGUUAUAAGUGGAGACCUAUGAAUUUGUACCCUUGGUUGGUAGUUGGAUGGAUAUGUUUCUCCAUUACCAUUAUUUUAGUAUGUACAUCAUAAAGCCAAGAGGAGUGGUUUUCCCACAUAUUAUUUUGUUUAAAUAACUUAGACCUAGCGUAUAACUUGACUUCGUUUUCAUUGUUUACUGUUUCUUAUUAUGUUUUUUUGCUUCUCUUUUUCUUGUUUACAGAUUUUCGUCAAAGUGUACUCUAAUAAGAUCCAUUAAUUCACACUGUGUUGGUUUUAGGUUUUAGUUUUAGUCUUGCUUUUAGUUACAUGUAUUUUAGGUUUUUGUAAAGUUCAGUCUUUAAGUUGGCUAUCGGUCUUUGGUCUAUCGUUCUGUUCUUUUAGUUUUAUUUCAGUUCUUAGUAAAUAAAUGUGGUUUUUUUCUUUUGGUUUGAAAUCUA